AUGUCACUUUUUCCUUUUUUUCUUUCACAUUCAGUGAUUCACUAUCUUUUCUUCCCCAUCAUUUUUUUUUUCAUUUUUUGUUCACAUUCUUUUCUCUCCCAUUCAGUGAUUCUUUUUGUUACUUUUUCUUCCCCAUUCAUCACUUUUUUUUUUUUUGUUGGCACUUUUCUCUCACAUUCAGUGAUUCACUAUCUUUUCUUCCCCAUCAUCACUUUUUUUUCUUUUUGUUGGCACUUUUCUCUCACAUUCAGUGAUUUCUAUCUUUUCUUCCCCAUCAUCACUUUUUCAUUUUUGUUGGCACUUUUUCUCUCACAUUCAGUGAUUCACUAUCUUUCUUCCCCAUCAUCCCACUUUUUUUCCUUUUUGUUGGCACAUUUUUUCUCACAUUCAGUGAUUCACUAUCUUUUCUUCCCCAUCAUCACUUUUUCCUUUUUUUCAGGCACUUUUCUCUCACAUUCAGUGAUUUUUAUCUUUUCUUCCCCAUCAUCACUUUUUCAUUUUUGUUGGCACUUUUCUCUCAUAUUCAGUGAUUCAAUAUCUUUUCUUCCCAUCAUCCUUUUUUCAAAUUUUUGUUGGCACUUUUUUCUCACAUUAAGUGAUUCACUAUUUUUUUUCCCCAUCAUCUUUUUUUUUUUUGUUGGCACUUUUCUCUCACAUUCAGUGAUUCACUAUCUUUUCUUCCCCCAUCAUCUUUUUUUCUUUUUUUGGCACGUUUUUCUCACAUUCAGUGAUUCACUAUCUUUUUUCUUCCCCAUCAUCACUUUUUCAUUUUUUUGGCUUUUUUUUUCUCUCACAUUCAGCACGUUUCUCUCACAUUCAGUGAUUCACUAUCUUUUCUUCCCCAUCAUCUUUUUUCAUUUUUUUGGCACUUUUCUCUCACAUUCAGUGAUUCACUAUCUUUUCUUCCCCAUCAUCACUUUUUUCCUUUUUUCAUUUUUCUCUCACAUUCAUGGAUUCACUAUCUUUUCUUCCCCAUCAUCACUUUUUUCCUUUUUUUUUUAUUUUCUCUCACAUUCAGUGAUUCAAUAUCUUUUCUUCCCCAUCAUCACUUUUCCUUUUUGUUGGCACUUUUCUCUCAAAUUCAGUGAUUCACUAUUCUUUUCUUCCCCAUCAUCACUUUUUCCUUUUUCUAGGCACUUUUCUCUCACAUUCAGUGAUUCACUAUCUUUUCUUCCCCAUCAUCUUUUUUCCCUUUUUUUCACUUUUUUACAUUCAGUGAUUCACUAUCUUUUCUUCCCAUCAUCACUUUUUCAUUUUGUUGGCUUUUCUCUCACAUUCAGUGAUUCACUAUCUUUUCUUCCCCAUCAUCACUUUUUCCUUUUUGUUGGCACUUUUCUCUCACAUUCAGUGAUUCACUAUCUUUUCUUCCCCAUCAUCAUUUUUCAUUUUGUUGGCUUUUUUCUCUCAUUCAGUGAUUCACUAUCUUUUUCUUCCCCAUCAUCACUUUUCCUUUUUCUUGGCACUUUUCUCUCACAUUCAGUGAUUCACUAUCUUUUUCUUCCCAUCAUCCUUUUCCAUUUUGUUGGCACUUUUCUCUGCCAUUCAGUGAUUCACUAUCUUUCUUCCCCAUCAUCACUUUUUCCUUUUUUGGCACUUUUCUCUCACAUUCAUGAUUCACUAUCUUUUUUCCCCAUCAUCACUUUUUCCUUUUUUGUUGGCACUUUUCUCUCACAUUCAGUGAUUCAAUCAUCUUUUCUUCCCCAUCAUCACUUUUUCAUUUUGUUGGCAUCUUUUUCUCUCACAUUCAGCUUUUCUCUCUCACAUUUUUUGAUUCACCAUCUUUUUCCCCAUCAUAUCUUUUUUUCCAUUUUUGUUGGCACGUUUUCUCUCACAUUCAGUGAUUCACUAUUUGCAUUUUCUCUCACAUUCAGUGAUUCACUAUCUUUUCUUCCCCAUCAUCACUUUUUUCAUUUUUUUGGCACUUUUCUCUCAUAUUCAGUGAUUCACAAUCUUUUCUUCCCCAUCAUCACUUUUUUCCUUUUUGUUGGCACUUUUCUCUCACAUUCAGUGAUUCACUAUCUUUUCUUCCCCAUCAUUUUUUUCAUUUUUUGUUGGCACGUUUCUCUCACAUUCAGUGAUUCACUAUCUAUUUUUCUUCCCAUCAUCACUUUUUUUUUUUUUUUUCUCAUAUUCAGUGAUUUUCUCUUUUUCUUCCCCAUCUCUUUUUUCCUUUUUUUCUUUUCCCAUUCAUCAUCUUUUUCCCAUCUUUUUUCCUUUUUAUUUGGCACUUUUUCUCUCAUUCAUGAUUCUCUAUCAUUCAGUGACUUGCACCAUUUUUUCUUCCCCUCAUUCAGUGAUCAUAUCUUUUCUUUUUCAUUUUUGUUGGCAAUUUUUCUCUCACAUUCAGUGAUUCACUAUCUUUUCUUCCCCAUCAUCAUGAUUCACUAUCUUUUCUUCCCCAUCAUCUUUUUUUUUUUCCUUUUUGUUGAUUCACUUUUCUUCCCAUCAUCACUUUUUUUUGAUUCAACAUCUUUCUUCCCUAUCAUUUCUUCCCCAUCUUUUUGUUUUUUUGUUUUCUCUCACAUUCAUGAUUCACUAUCUUUUUCUCCCCAUCAUCACUUUUUUUUCCUUUUUGUUGGAACUUUUCUCUCAUAUUCAGUGAUUCAAUAUUUUUCUUCCCCCCAUCAUCACUUUUUUUUUUUUGUUAGGCACUUUUCUCUCACAUUCAGUGAUUCACUAUCUUUUCUUCCCCAUCAUCACUUUUUCCUUUUUGUUGGCACUUUUCUCUCACAUUCAGUGAUUCACUAUCUUUUCUUCCCCAUCAUCACUUUUUCCUUUUUGUUGGCACUUUUCUCUCACAUUCAGCACUUUUCUCUCAUAUUCAGUGAUUCACUAUCUUUUCUUCCCCAUCAUCACUUUUUCCUUUUUCUAGGCACGUUUCUCUCACAUUCAGUGAUUCACUAUCUUUUCUUCCCCAUCAUCACUUUUUUCCUUUUGUUGGCAUUUUUUUCUUCUCUCACAUUCAGUGAUUCACUAUCUUUUUUUUCUCCCCAUCAUCACUUUUUUUUUUUCUUUUUUUUUGUUUUUUUCUCACAUUCAGUGAUUCACCAUCUUUUCUUCCCCAUCAUCACUUUUUUUUCUUUUUUUUGUUGGCACUUUUCUCACAUUCAUGAUUCACUAUCUUUUCUUCCCCAUCAUCACUUUUUCCUUUUUGUUGGCACUUUUCUCUCACAUUCAGUGAUUCACUAUCUUUUCUUCCCAUCAUCACUUCCUUUUUUCAUUUUGUUGGCACGUUUUCUCUCACAUUCAGUGAUUCACUAUCUUUUCUUCCCCAUCAUCACUUUUUUCCUUUUUGUUGGCACUUUUUCUCUCACAUUCAGUGAUUCACUAUCUUUUCUUCCCCAUCAUCUCUUUUUUCAUUUUUGUUGGCACUUUCUCUCACAUUCAGUGAUUCACUAUCUUUUCUUCCCCCAUCUUUUUUUUUUUUUUUUUUUUUUUGAUUCACUAUCUUUUCUUCCCCAUCAUCACUUUUUUCAUUUUUGUUGGCACUUUUCUUUUUUUCUCUCACAUUCAGUGAUUCACUAUCUUUUCUUCACCAUCAUCCUUUUUUCCUUUUUUUUGGCACUUUUCUUUUUUCAUGAUUCACUAUCUUUUCUUCCCCAUCAUCAUUUUUUCCUUUUUCUAGGCACUUUUCUCUCAUAUUCAGUGAUUCACUAUCUUUUUUCUCCCCCAUCAUCACUUUUUCCAUUUUUUUGUUGGCACUUUUCUCUCAUAUUCAUGAUUCACUAUCUUUUCUUUCCCCAUCAUCACUUUUUCCAUUUUUGUUGGCAUUUUUCUCUCAUAUUCAGUGAUUCACUAUCUUUUCUUCCCAUCAUCACUUUUUUUUUUUUUGAUUCACUAUCUUUUCUUCCCCAUCAUCACUUUUUCCUUUUUCUAGACACUUUUCUCUCAUAUUCAGUGAUUCACUAUCUUUUCUUCCCCAUCAUUACUUUUUCCUUUUUGUUCGCACUUUUCUCUCACAUUCAUGAUUCACUAUCUUUUCUUCCCCAUCAUCACUUUUUCAUUUUUGUUGUAUUUUUUCUCUCAUAUUCAGUGAUUCACUAUCUUUCUUCCCCAUCAUCACUUUUUUUUCCUUUUUUUAGGCAAUCAUUUCUCUCACAUUCAGUGAUUCACUAUCUUUUUCUUCCCCAUCAUCACUUUUUCCUUUUGUUGGCACUUUUCUCUCAUAUUCAUGAUUCACUAUCUUUUCUUCCCCAUCAUCACUUUUUUUUUUUUCUAGGCAUUUUUCUCACAUUCAGUGAUUCACUAUCUUUUCUUCCCCAUCAUUUUUUUUUCUUUUUGUUCGCACUUUUCUCAUCCAUUCAUGAUUCAUAUAUUUUUUCUCCCCAUCAUCACUUUUUUUUUUUCAUUUUUUGUUGGCACUUUUCUCUCAUAUUCAGUGAUUCAUUUCUUUUUCUUCCCAUCAUCACUUUUUUUCCUUUUUCUUUUAAGAGAUAUCCAGUGAUUCACUAUCUUUUCUUCCCCAUCAUCACUUUUUCUUUUUUAUUUAAACUUUUCUCUCACAUUCAUGAUUCACUAUCUUUUCUUCCCCAUCAUCACUUUUUCCUUUUUCUAGGAACUUUUCUCUCAUAUCCAGAUUCAAUUUUUCAUCCCAUCAUUUUUUUUUUUAGGCACUUUCUCUCCAUCCAGAACUUCUUCCCCAUCAUCACUUUUUUUCUUAAUCAUUUUUCUAGGCACUUUUCUCUCACAUUCAGUGAUUCACUAUCUUUUCUUCCCCAUCAUCUUUUUUUUUUUUAUUGGGCAUUCACUAUUUUUCUCUCACAUUCAGCACGUUUUCUCUCAUUCAGUGAUUCACUAUCUUUUCUUCCCCAUCAUUUUUUUUUUUCCUUUUGUUGGCACUUUUCUCUCAUAUUCAGCACAUUUCUCUCACAUUCAGUGAUUCACUAUCUUUUCUUCCCCAUCAUCACUUUUUUUCCUUUUUGUUGGCACUUUUUUCUCACAUUCAGUGAUUCACCAUCUUUUCUUCCCCAUCAUCACUUUUCCUUUUUGUUGGCACUUUUCUCAUCUUUUCAUUCAGUGAUUCACUAUCUUUCUUCCCCAUCAUCUUUUUUUUCCUUUUUUCUAGGCUUUUCUCUCACAUUCAGUGAUUCACUAUCUUUUCUUCCCAUCAUCACUUUUUUUCAUUUUUGUUGGCACUUUUCUCUCAUAUUCAGUGACUAUUUUCUAUCUUUUUUUCAUUUUUCUUUUCAUUUUUGUUGGCUUUUCUUCCCGUUUCUUUCACAUUCAGUGAUUCACUAUUUUUUCUUCCUCAUCAUCACUUUUUUUCAUUUUGUUGGCACUUUUUCUCACAUUCAGCACGUUUCUCUCACAUUCAGUGAUUCACUAUCUUUUCUUCCCCAUCAUCACUUUUUCCUUUUUGUUGGCACUUUUCUCUCAUAUUCAGUGAUUCACUAUCUUUUCUUCCCCAUCAUUAAAAAUUUUUUGUUGGCACUUUUCUCUCUCAUUCAGUCGGAUGGUCGACAUGAUUGUGAAGGGCCGAGCAGCAAGUACACAUCUUGUAACACACAAGAUUGUCUGGACAGAACAGAUUUCCGUGCCUUGCAAUGCGCCAUGUUCAACGAGAAAGCACACGAAGGACAAUAUUAUAAAUGGAAGCCAUAUUAUGGCGAUGAUGCUGACCCAUGUGCGUUGGUGUGUUCAAUCAACGGGACUGUUCACACUAGAUUGGCUGAGAAAGUAGUCGAUGGAACGCGUUGCCGCCCUGAUAGAUAUGAUAUUUGUGUAAAUGGAAAGUGUAAGAGCGCUGGCUGUGACCGAGAGCUUGGAUCUACCCUGAAGGAAGACGCCUGUCUGGUGUGUGGAGGUGAAGGCAAAGACUGCAAGACGAUGAAAGGCAUUUACGAGAAUACGAACAUCAAAGGUUACAAAGACAUUAUCAUCAUUUUCAAGGGAGCAACCAAUAUCCGUAUCCAAGAAAAAAGAAAUACAAAGAAUUAUUUUGCCAUCAGAGACAAGAGAGGUAAUUUCUAUCUUAACAGAGAAUGGGAACUGUCCAAACAUAAAACGUUCGUUGCAGCCGGCACGAUGUUCCAUUACGAUAAAGAUUCCAAUGGUCAACUCUUGAUUGCUCGAGGACCCACAACCGAUUCUCUUACAUUAGUGCUGGUCGGCAGUGGAGAAGACGCAAAAAUAUCCUACGAGUAUUACAUUGCUGAAAAGGGCCACACUAGCAAACCCGUGGAGCGUGUGCGCCUGCGCCAGCAAAAAAGCAGCGAGACUGAAGCUAAAACGUUUUUGAACAGAAGCCGCUUGACAAGACAAAGGAAAUCACGUACACGAAACCGAAGUGCUCGUAACCGUCACAGUUCAUCUGAAGAAACCCCAUUACCUAGCGGAGAUGCACCACCUGGAUGGAACCCACGAAGGUCUACUGCACAAUACCAAUGGCAACACGGUAGCUGGACUGCAUGCUCGGGUAAUUGCGGAGAAGGUACACAACGUCGAGCAGUACAAUGUUUCGAUAUGGAAAAACGGGUGGAGAGUAAAGGCAAAUGUCCCGAGGAGAGCAAACCACGCAGUAUCCAAAAGUGUGAAGUAGAAUGUGACAGUUCCUUUAAAUGGGUGGAGGCCGGAUGGACCGAAUGUAGCCAAAGUUGCGACGGUGGCGAGAUGUCCAUGAUAUUAGUAUGUGAAGAGAUUUCAACGUCGGGAAGUAAACGAGUGAAAGAGAGAUACUGCGAAGAAUCAUUGGGUGGAAGCCCGCGUCAAAUGAAAGUCUGCAAUGAACACCAAUGUGCAGAAUCCGCAGAAUCAGUUGAGGCCCCAUGCUGGGGGACACUGUAUGGAUGCUGCCAAGACAGACAGACCGCUGCAUCAGGUCCGGACUAUGCAGGCUGUGGUGAACGUCGUGCUGACUGCCAUAACACUGAUUAUGGUUGCUGCCCAGACGGUGUGAACGCAGCCGAAGGACCAAGUUAUGCAGGAUGUCCUUCAUUGCGUACAAAUCAGGUACCCGAGACGGAUCCAACUUUGGCCUCAAUUACCGCAAAUGGAAAUAUUUGCUUCAUGAAACAAGAAACUGGCUCCUGUGGAGAUUACGAGAUGAGAUGGUCAUAUAAUGCAACUACGGGAAGGUGUGAUCAAUUUUGGUAUGGCGGCUGUGGUGGUAACGACAACCGUUUUGAGGAUCGUCAACAGUGUUUAGCUACUUGCCGUGGGCAACGAACUUCAUCCAUCUACCCAACACCAACUGCAACUUCAGGAAGCCGUACACGUUUGACGGAAGUUAAUCUAUGUGAACAGAAGUCAGAAACGGGACCCUGCCAAGAUUAUGUUAUCAAAUGGUUUUUUAACAUCUCAAGCAGAAGAUGCGAACAAUUUUGGUAUGGCGGUUGUCGUGGAAACGAUAACAGAUUCGAUUCCGAUCGAGACUGCCAAGAAAAUUGUCGCCGAGGAAUAGUUUCAAGUUGUAUUUCUACACCGUUUGGAUGCUGUGAAGAUAGAGUAACUGCUGCUCGUGGUCCACAGGGACUCGGAUGUCCAAUCAAUGAUUGCCGACGUUCGCAAUAUGGCUGCUGUCCUGAUGGAGUAACAGCUUCUGGUGGAUAUGAACAGGAAGGAUGUGCCAGACAGGAUUGCAACCUUUCCCAAUAUGGAUGUUGUCAAGAUGGUGUCUCGUUUGCCAGAGGUAACAAUUAUCGAGGAUGUCGAUCACGAAGAUGCGAAGAAUCGCCAUACGGUUGCUGUCCAGAUGGUGUGUCAUAUGCACAAGGGAGUAACUAUGCCGGUUGUCGUAAUUUGGCUGCUGCCCUGACGGCUUGA